AUGAUGUUCUGGGGUCUUGGCGGCGGCGCGAAGCCGUCGAAUGCGUCGGCUACAGGGCACGCGGACGCGUCUCGCCGGUCGUCCCAAAACGCUGAGAUCGCGGCGGCUCCAACCGUACUCUCCACGCCGUCCUACGUGCUGUCUGAGCAGCGGCGGAGCGAGUUAUUGCUAGCUGCCCGCACAAACCGCGUCUCCUGGAUCGACGGAGCCGAAGAACGACGAAACCAGGCGCUUUCAGCUGGUUCCAGCGAGUUUCCUGGAUCUCUAGCAGUCUCAGCCAUCCCCAGCCAUUGUCGUGACGCUCUGGAGGGCGUCAACGAGGAGCUGAGCAGGUUUUUCGCCAGUCUGGACGAGCUCAAGCUCAAGAUCUUGGCCAACGACAUGCAGCUCACGGAAGAGGCGGCAGAGACCGCUGCGGACGCUCCGAACUCUACCAGACGCUACUGCACGCUGUUCCAGGAGCUGCGCGAGCAGGAGGCGCUGCUGGAUCAGUGGCAGCGCUCGCACAGCCCGAGGACGAGGAAGUUGACGGGCCACGACCGGGAGAUGGCCUUUCUGGUGGGCUUCAGGGAGCUGGUGGCGCUGCUGAAGAACACGCAGGCGGCCGAGCUGGUGUACCGUAUCCAGUCGUUCGUCAAGCGCGCGGAGCUCUGGGACCUGCCGCUCAUGCUGAGAGCCAUCGCGACCAGAGAUCGACCCGGCGGGAAGGUGCAGGACUUUGUCAAGAAGCUCGUGGAGCAGAUCAAGCACAGUGGCAAGCUCAGGAAGCUGCUGCGUGGAGAUGAGGAGGGUGAGGAGUUCCUGCACGUGAGAGACGAGUACGGAGUGGGCCUGCUGCACGAAGUGCUGGAGGCGUUCUUGAUGGAGAAGCUGUAUGCCAAGACGCUGACUCCGUCCGACGAAGUUGCGCUGCAAGAUGAAGCGCUGCAUGAACGCCUGAGUUUGCUGGGUUUCGUCACCUUCAAGCAUCUAGAUCUGCCCGUGCCGAAGACUGAAGAGCAGGAGCAAACAUGGCUUCGUUUGUCGAGCCAAUUGGAAGCAAUGACGCUAUGCCCCAGUCCUCGACGCAAGAUGGACGCCGUGCUGCGCGUGUGCCAGGAGCUGACGAUCUUCCUCAAGUCGCAGAACGGAGGCCGGUUCCCGUCCGCGGACGAAUUUUUGCCCGCGCUGAUCUACGUGGUGUUACGCGCCAACCCGGCGGAGCUCAAGCGGAACGUCGCCUACAUCUUGGAGUACCGGAGUCCGAGCAAGUUGGUGUCAGAGCCUGGCUACUUUUUCACGCACUUGGUGUCAAGCGUGGCGUUUCUCGAGGAGGUGGACGGAUCGCUACUCACGAUCUCGGCUGAGGAAUUCGACGAAGGGCUGCGUCGGAGCAAGGAGAGUCUCCGACAGCGUGGUGUGCGUCGCGAACUGGACCCCGAGGUGGCAAGUAACGCAAGCAGUGGCAGUGCGAGUAGACGAAAUCAAAUGACUGCUCAUCAAGCUGCCAGCAAAGAAGACAAUGAGGAAGAAUCGCUGCGUUUACCGAACGUACUGGAAAUCCGCGCCAAGCGCCUAGCAAUGCUCGCGUAG